AUGGAUGGUCUGGAGGCUCAGCCCAAGAACCUAGAGUCGUUGGUUAACAUCCCGUUUCCUAGCACGCUACGAGCUAUGCAAUCCUUUCUCGGGAGCUUGAACUACUACCGUCGCUUCAUUGAGGAUUUCGCGGUGUAUGCCGCGGUGUUGUAUGAGUUAAGAGAAUCGGAUUUCUUCGAGAUCGGCCGAUCUCAGCUUGCAGCAGGAGACGAAUGCUCCAACGAGGGUCGAUGGACGGAAGCCAAGGUUGCUUUCACUAUGCUAAAAGCUAAGAUAGCUACAGCUCCCAUGCUCAAGCAUUUCGACCCAGAUCGGUCCCCCGUAAUCGUGGUCUACGCUAGCAAGUGGGCUGUCUCAGCGGCCCUGAUACAGGAGUACGAUGGCGUGUACCAUCCGGUGACGUUUACUAGCCGCACUUUAAAGCCUAAUGAGCUUAACUACGGAAUGGUAGAAAAAGAAGUGCUGGCGCUACUUCGUGUGUUGGAUGUAUGCUAUACUACGCUUGCCUCGCGGGAGAUCACUGUACUGACCCGACAUUCUACGUUAGCCUGGUUGAUGCAGUCUCGAGGGCUCAACGGGAGAUUAGGACGGUGGGCUGCUUUGUUGUCAAAUUGGACUAUGGAGGUGAAGAAAUGUGAAAGAGGAGAGGAAGAAAUCCUGGGCAUGUUAGCAGCGAGUAUCACUCCGAGAGGAGAGGUGGAAGAGAUGCUGAUUGCGAUCUCCCCACGAAAAGACUGUCGACUCAAAAUAUCGAUGCCUCCUCCAACGGUGGAAACAGAUGAGGAGUUGCUGGUAGCCAGUUUCGAUGGAUCGGCUAGGAUAAAAAAGAAAGGAGGGUCGUUCAGUGCCGUGAUAUGGAAGUUACCCGAAUGGACGAUCGUGGCGGCCGAAUCGAGAUAUGUUCACGAUCUGACUGUGAACGAAGCUGAGUAUAAUGGCUUGCUACUGUGCUUUGAGUUACUCGCCGGUCUGGAUAGGGGGCGAGUAAUACUGUGUGGAGAUUCCAGUCUGGUGAUUCGACAGAUGCGCGGUGAGAUCGACUGCAAGGCACCGGGCCUUCAGCUUCUGAGACACAAAGCGUUGGAGAAGCUGCAGUCAUGGCCUAGUCACGAGUUUCUGCAUAUGAAGCGAGAGUGGAAUCAGAGCGCAGAUCGACUAGCCAGCACAGCAUUGCAGAGCGAAAAGGGAAGAACGGUUGUAGCUGAAGAAGAUCGGCAAGAUCUGAUGACUCUGAACCGUCUUGAUGAAUUGUUGAAGCCCAAGCAAGAUGGUCAGCUAGCUCGGGUAACUGCGAUCGCGAGAUCAGCCAGGAGGAUACAUCAUGGACCUGAAGUGAUACAGGAGGAGAUAGUACAGAGGAUCAGGAUUCAACGAAUUGUCCAAGCUCAAGAUGAGGAGCGUUGGAUUGUCAAUCUCAAGACAUAUCUAAGUGGCGAUGUAUCAAACUUGGAUGCGGUAGAAGUGAAGACGUGCGCCAAACUGGCGCCGGAAUACGAGAUCGAUGAGAACAAUCUGCUAUUUUUUUGCCCCAUGGCGAAAAGAGAGUCAGAAGAUCGCGAUGGUUUGAUGCGGUUGGUGAUCCCUGAGACGUUGCAGCAGGAUUUUUUGCAUCACUAUCACACGAGUCUGGAAGGAGGCCAUCAGGGUAUUGGCCGAACCUAUCAGAGGAUCAGAUCGCAAUUUCAUUGGAGAGGACUGUAUCGGAGCGUUCAACGAUAUGUGGGCGAAUGUACCGACUGUGAGACCGGGAAAGGAAACCCGAUGAUUCAUGGGAAAUCCCCGGGCAAUCUACACGCAACCUAUCCAUUCCAGAUCAUCGCCAUGGAUCAUAUACCGUCGUUGCCCAAGUCCAUCAAGGGGAACACCGAACUGCUCAUUUGGGUCGACCUUUUCUCGGGAUAUGUGAUUGCAAAGGCUAGCUCCUCUCGGACGGCACAAACAAUAGCGGAGAAUUACGAAGAAUGUGUGUUUCGACGCUUCGGAGCUAGCGAGGCUAUCAGGCACGAUCGAGAACCGGGAUUUAUGUCCGACUUCUUUCGAGCCUUCAGUCGGAUCGUAGGACAAAAACAGCGUGCUACUAUGGCUUACAGGCCACAAGCAAAUGGAACAGUCGAACGAAUGGUGCAAACACUGACACAUUCGCUCAAGAUGUACGUGGCUGAAGUUGACCAGCGAGACUGGGAUGAGUAUGCUGAGCGGCUCACCUUUGCCAUUAACACUGCACAAGAUCGGAUCCGGGGGGAUACCCCAUUUUAUCUGAUUCAUGGGUGGGACCCGCGAUCGACUUUGGAGGCUACGCUACCAGUGGGGAAUACGGGGACACGAGAUCGCGAUCCAAAGAGGUGGAGAUACAAAAUCCAAAGACAAUACCUGCGAGCCCGAUCUGCAGUGAACGAUCGUUUACAAGCCGCAAUCCAGGAGCGAGCGGAUCGACACAACGAAGAUCUGGAACCACACGAGAUCGAAGUGGGAGCGCAAGUUUGGCUAUACCUGGACCGAGUUAAAGAGGGAUAUGCGAAGAAGCUAGCGCACAUGUGGCAUGGGCCAUUCCGAGUUGCGGACGUAUGUGGAGAUCAUGCUGUAAAAUUGGAGAUCGCUGGAACCCCAUAUCGGUUAUUUCCGAUUGUACACAUAUCGCAGCUAAAAAAGGUAAAGACGUUCCCUGAACGCCCGAAGGAUCAGCUUACGAUAGAGGAAUCAGAUCGCUUGGAUUUCGAUGAAGCUCUGCUGCCGGAAGACAGUUGGGAUGGCGAUCUUGAAGAAGGGGAAUACGAAGUAGAGGCAAUAUUGGACGUGCGAUCUGGUAGAAAAACCCGUUAUGGGCGAGUACACCGGCAGUUUCUGGUGAAGUGGAAGGGAUAUCCCGAUCUAAGUUGGGUGGACGAGGCCGAUCUACGUUGUGGGGCGAUCUUGCAAGAGUUUGAGCGGAACCGAGUGAGUCGAAACCGUUUCGACGUAAUGCAGUCUCAUGAAGGCAAGUCGGACGAACCUUAA